AUGGCAACAAUCUCGCCGCCGCCGCUCCGUCCGUGGUGCGACCUGCUGCCGGAGCUGCUAGGCCAGGUCCUCGUGCGCCUCCCGUUCCCCGCCGACCGCGCGCGGUUCCGCGCCGUCUGCCGCGGGUGGCACACCGCCGCCGCGCUGCACGUGCGCCAGCUCCCGUGGCUGGUCCUGAGGGACGGCUCCUUCUGCACCGUCGGCGACAGGGCCUUCUUCCACCGGACGGCGAUGCCCGGCCUGCCAGACGGCGUGACCGUCGUCGGGUCCGCCGCCGACGGCUGGCUCCUCCUCGACCGCACAGACUGCAUGUACCGCCGCCGCAGCGAGGGCUUCUCGUUCGUGUGGUACAAGGGACGACCUAGACGCGACGUCAGGCACGCGCACUCGUACCUCCUGCUCAACCCCUUCUCCGGCGCGACGCUGCCGCUCCCGGAGCUGGACGCCGUCGUCGGGACCGUCUCCGAGGUGUUCGAGAUCUACAGGGUGGCGAUGCGGUCGUCGACGCCUGACGACCUCAUCGCCGUCGUGACCAGCAGCGGGAUUGCAAUGUCGUCUUGUGCCGUCCCGGGAAGGCGGCUCUAUGGGAUCACCAGUGAUGAAGAACUUCUCGCCUUCCACCUCGCCGAGGACGACGAUGGCAAGCCUGUCGUUACCAAAGAGAAGCGCGUCAUCAAGGCCACGUCGCCAUCACCUGAGGCGCACUAUUGGGACUGGAUGGAUGUUGACGAAGACGACGACGAUAACAACGAUUAUAGUGAUGAUGAUGAUGACGACGACGACGAUGUUGAUGAUAAUGAUGAUGGUAGUGGUGAGGAUGAUGCACCAAACCAAGAAGACGGGGGAGAUAAUAGUAACUUUAAUGCUGAUGACAUGGUGUUGGAUGGUAGGGAGGUAUCAUUUGAUACUCAGGUGCCAUACAGGGGUGACACUACUACCAUCCGGAUGUUAGUGAAGUCGUGGGACGGCGAGUUGCUCAUGGUGAGGCGUCAGGUUUUUUCACCUAUACGUUCCAAACCUUACACUAUGAGUGUCAAGGUGGUUAAAGCAGAUGUCAACAUGGGUGAGUGGAUUUCAGUCGCUCGAGAUGGGCUCGCCAAAGAUGAGGCCAUCUUCCUUAGCCGAGGCUUUUGCAAAUCUACUAUAGUGUUUGGAGAUAUACAAGCAGGUUUCAUAUAUUUUGAUGACACCAAUGAUGUGUUCGACACUAGAUUAUGGACUUGUAGGCCAUUUAGAUUGCCAUGGUUGAGAUGUUUGUUCACAUGGCUGACAUGGAUUUUCCCACCAAAAUUGGUGGUGUAG